GCGACAACAUGGAGGAAAGAGGCUGUAUUUGACUUUGUGGGGAUUUGUUGUUGUUUCUGCCAUAUCAGAUUCACAGUCCCUGAAACAGAGGGUGGUGCAGCAGGAAUCACUCGUCAUGUCUCUGGAACAGAAUAUCAUCUCUGUGACACCAGAGAGGCAAAGUGUGGAAUUACACAAACAACCAUUUCACAUGCUUGGGGCGAAAAUUGUCUGCAAUGUUUGCGGAGAAAUCUUUUCUAAUCUGGUUCUGUUUGGAAACCAUACUCACAGAGCUGGCCAGAAACGGAGCGAUAUGCCAUCACAAAGAAGUAGGCCAAAAUCAGACCAUAAGACCUUCAAUACAAUGAGUGAAGAAGAGAUGGUUGAGGCUUUCCAUAAGAUGCCAGUGUUGGAGGGAUGCUGGAUUGAAAAUGGACGCUACAUUUGCAAUAUGUGUGGUAAGAGUUGUCCAAACCCUUACAUCCUUUUCUGUCACAAGAUUACUCAUCCAGAAGACAUGACACCAUUGUCGAGAGGUAAGGUGACAGACUCUCAGCAAACUCAGGGGGUUGCAACCCAAACUAAAAUCGAACAUGUGUUCAGAGACCGCAAGAGAAACCACAAGAGAAAUCUGAUCAAAUAUCAGGGGAAAAAACUAAAAAAGGUCCGGGACAUCAGGUGUGAAAGUGAUAAUGAAGAUGUUGAAGGUGAUGAUGACGAAGAUGUUCAGAAUGUGGUGAAGCCCAUGAAGGGGCCCAUGAAGAAACUGAAGGUGAUGAAGUCCAAGCCACCUUCUGAACAAAUUGCCAUGGAACCAGGGAAGAAAAGCAAGCCAUCUACUGGAGGUGACAGGACCGUCCUUGGUGUUUCUUCUGACAGUGAGGACGAAGAAGAUGACUCCACACGCAGUGACAGUGAUGUUGAUGGAGACAGUAUUGGGAAUCAACCUGGAAGGCCCAAUCAGAAUAGGAAACCGGGAACUAGUCAGUUUAGGAAAAAGGAAACCCAUGUGUACAGAUCGUUAAUAUCUGUCAAAGGACAGCCGUUUGUGAAGCCCAUGAAACGUUGUGUUUCUUCUGACAGUGAGGAUGAAGACGAUGACUCCACGCCCAGUGACAGUGAUGUUGAUGGAGACAGUAUUGGGAAUCAAACUGGAAGGCCCAAUCAGAAACUGGAAACUAGUGAGUUCAAGAAAAAGGAAACCCAUGUGUACAGAUCGUUAAUAGCUAUCAAAGGACAGUCGUUUGUGAAGCCCACGAAACCUCCACCUUAUGAAUACUGUCUCAACAUGUUUGGACAUAAAUUCUUGGACAAAUGUAAACUAAUGAACGGAAGAUAUUAUUGUGAUGAGUGCCCCAGUCUCUAUUCCAGCCCCUACCUUCUGUUAAAUCACAAACUUUAUCAUGCUAAACACAAAUAUUUGAAUAGGAGACGUGCAGCACAAGAAAGCACAACAGGCAAGAAGGAAGAAGCACAAGUGGGCACAACACAAGAAGGAUAAGGCACAAGUAGGCGCAACGAACAAGAAGGAUGAAGCACAAUUCGACACAACAGACAAGGAAGAAGAGGCACAAGUAGAAGAAGAUGGUAUGUGCUUUGAGUGCAACAUGUGUCAGGUCACGUUUAAUAGCUCAGAUGGACUUGCAGAUCACAUUGAAGCCCAUGCAGCUGACACACAACCUGGAACAAGUCGUACCUUCUCAGACAGUACAUGUGCUGAUGUCUGCAAGGCUUCGACAUCUGCCUGCAGCACAGAAAUAACUGAUAAUGAAAGUGUUGUGAAAGUCAAGGAGGAACCAAUCACAGACUACGAGGAUGAGGGAAACACUCAUGGACCACAACCUGAACCAUCUGGACUUGACCCAAGUGUUACAAUUAAACAGGAAGCAGAGCCUUCCGUCUUCCUCAGCAUUCUACAGAAGACAGAAUACAGACUGAUGACAUGGAUGUGCAAUUGGCGGCUACGCUGUUUCUCAAGAGAAUAAUUUUUAGUCCAGUUGUUAGGGUUAAAAGAAUUGAGAUGGAACCAAAUGAAGUUUAUAUUGUGAAAUAAGAAAUCGUAGGUUGUUAAUCCAGUCUGUUAAAUAAAUGAAAUAUACAAGCCUUGAGACAUACAAGGGACUAUCAACAAGUUUUGAGCCUAAAAUACUUCUGAUAUAUAAACAUAAUAUUGACAUGCACAUGUCUCUAGUUUCAGCGUCGUCAUAUGAGCAAAAUAUUCUCAAGCACGACGUAAAACCCAAUUUCACCUCACCUCACCUCUAGUUUCAGGUCAUAGGGCUGCUCAACGAAGCACAUUAAAGAGCGAUUGACAGCAGCUCGAGUCCCCCUCAUACCCCUGGUGACCCUAAUUGCUCCUCAAUGUGUUUCGCCAGGUGGCCCUCAAAGACCAAAAAUAUUUUGACUGCUCUGAACUCAAACUUAUCCAUUUCAGCCGUUUCAAUAGGGGUACAUGUGAUUUGGUGUCACAUGACCGGAAACUAUUACAUUUAUGUAAAUGAUAUAAACCAUUCUUUAAUAUCAUACAGUUAUUUAUAUCAUGCACAUAUCAGAAGCAUUUUAGGCUCAAAACGUACUGAUAGCCCCUCGUAGCUCCAGCCAAUUCUUUAGAUUCCAGACAUACUUUCCAAAUCCAUCAACAGGCCAUGCUCAUUGAAUUACCAGAUUUACAUCUCAAGCCAUCUUCUAGAAUAUAUGUUCAUCCCUUCAGCAGAGCUCCACUGCAUGUAUUUGAUUGAGGCACAGGAGUAUUGUCCAGGCAUCAUACAUGAGAAACAGUUUACGUACUGGUGUAAGAUCUUUUAAACAUUUGUCUUUUGAACUUAGUACCAGUCUCUUUAGUCUUAAACCAAUGGUGAAACAGGUCCAAGAUGAUGAUCAAAUCUGGCUGAAGUCUUUUUCUUUGGGCUAUGGUGUCAGUCCAUCAAGUCAAGGCACAUUAAGUGCAAGCUUCAAUGAAGGCCAUUUUUUGACAGUGCAUCAGUUUUGAUCUUAAUGUUACAAAAGUACCUUGCUAUGUACAUAUGUUGUGAUCAGUUAGAUAAGAAUUGGUUUACAAAUAUAUAAGAGAUGUGUAUGGUAAGUGAGGUUUUAUGUUGGAUGGAAAUAAUAAGUAAUUUGCUGUUCAUGUAUCAGAACUUCUGGUUGAAAGGCAAGUUACCAGUUGCUUCUGGUGUGUCAUGUAUAACUGUUCUCAAUGUUUCAUAAAUGCAUUUCUGAAGUUGUGGUUUAGUUUAUCCCAAAACAAAAAAACCAGCAAAACAACUAAUAUGUGUAUCACGUUGUUCCAUUCCCAAGCCAUUUGAUCAGUGAAAUGUUAUGAUAUUAAACAUGUUUGUUUGUUGUUUAA